AUGGAGCACCGUAGAAAGGGGCUCGAGUCCUUCACUGUGCCCGAGCUCGACGGAGCCUCCUUGUCUUUCAUAAUACCAUUAGGGGAACAUACGCCGAGGGAAAUGGUUUCGUCCAUGUAUAAUGGAAUAUGCUUGGACCUCCAUAAAAUUCUUGUGGGAAUAGGCCAUGUCUCUGUAUCUAAAAGCAUAGGAAACAAGGUUCAGGUAUCUCUGAGUAUGGGCCAUCCUUACGGCAUUCACCAAAUGAUGGAGCUGGCUAGUAGAUGCUUUAGAUACUGCUACAGACUGGAAAUCCCCCUUUGUCUUUACUCCAUGAAAGCUGAGAUAAUGGAGAGAGUUAAGGAAAUAAUGAGUAGUACAGACACUUCCAUUUGCAUUAAGAUAAGCGGGAAGGUUGAAAUAUUUAUUUGUGGAAAAAGAAAGGCGUGUCUCAGUGCUCGAACGAAGAUCCUAUUAAUGAUCGAAGAAGCCUUUGGGAGAACCACAGAGAUUAGGAGAAUUCUCAUACCCACAAAAGAAGUUAUUGAGAAAGGAGGAAGGAUAUUCUAUCACUCCAGAAUAAACUCUGACGAAUGUCUUAUAUCCCAUAGCGGCUUAGGUCUUGAUAUCAAGGAGCCAGAGAAAAUAAUUGAAAGCCUUGUGCUUGAUUCGCAAAAGGUUAUGUAUUUGCUUCUAUACAAGGGAAAAGAAAUCGAGGAUAUUCUAUCUGACACCCAGACAUACAUAAACACAAGAAAGAUAUGCUCCGACUACACAGAGAUAGUUCUGAAGGGCUUUGACCUUUAUGAAGUCCGAAGAGCAAAGAACAAGAUAAAUUUAUUGUACAACAACAUAAUGAAGGUUGUGAUGAAAAACAUGAAGCAUUUGAAUUAUGAUAAUGCUUUUGUACUUCAUAUCAGCGACACGAGUUCCUUCUUGGUCAUUAGCGAGAAGCAAAAUUUACUGAGGAUGGUAGAAGAAAACGGAGGGUAUGUGGAGGCUGAGAUGGACAUAGAGACAGAAACAGUGGAGUUCCUCUGCGGAAAGAAAAAUGGAAAAAUCACAAGGAUCAUGAGAGACGUAUGUUGUGGAAUUGGAAUACAUAAGAAGCCGGGGAGCUCCCGGGUCCAUAUGGUCAUAAAUGGGCGCUCUGAAGCAUUCAAAAAUGCCUUAGAAAUGAUUGAAGACGAAUUUCCUGAAGAGUUGACCUUUUAUAUUGAUGAAAAACAUCAUAAAAGGAUCAUUGGGUAUGGAGGGAAGAAUAUCCAAAAGAUAAUGAAAAAGCAUGGUGUCUAUAUCAAAUUCAUGAAUGAAAGAGAGAGAAAGAAAUCUGCAUACAAGGACAAUGUUGUAAUAAAAACCCCGCGGAAGAAUGUCGAGAAUCUUGUCAGCAUGAGGAAUGAUGUCAUGGGAUUGAUAGGGUGUUUCAAAGAUGAUACAAAGGGUUUGGAAACAGAAGUAUCUUUGCACGACUUCUAUGACCUAGGAUACCCGGUAUAUCGACUUUUCUAUAACAAAGCCGUUGUCAGAGGCUCUGAGAUCCGCACAUCAUAUUAUCUAAAGGACGACAGUUACAGCCUGAAUAUUGGGCCUCAUCUUACAUUUAAAUUAAGAAAUAGCAGCCAAUGGUUCAUAAAAACCACAGAAGUGCUUCCUCUGGAAAGAAUUUCUACAAUGCAUUGGCUCAAAGGCGUCGAGAGAAUGUCUGCGUUUUCAUGGUUGUUUGGACGUGGAUAUAACUCCUUGUUCAAUAGUGAGAGAGAAGAAAGGACUAAAGGCCAGCUCCAUUUUCUUGAGGCAAGCUUUCUAUCUAAGAAAUAA